GACGUCAAACUGUGCUGAAGUGCGAGCUGAAAUCGACGUCAAGGAAAUUAUUGAUUAAUUCAGUUUCGUUGUGAAAAAGUGUUUCGGCUGCUUGCGAGAUGUUGAAUUAGUUGCAAAUUCUGGGCACUGGACGCGCGACCACAACAACACACUCUUGAAAACUACCAACCCAACACAUAGCUAGACGCCUCAAUUUGUAGGCGUGGCAGCUGGACAUUCGCGAUGGCCGACAGCGAAUUCGAGGAGUUCCGCAGGCCCAUCUUUGAGCCACAUGCCAUAAGCAGCACCACAUUCGGCAAGAAGAAAACCACACAUGCAUUUUACUCUCUAACACCGAACGAUGAUCUUGAGGAUUCGAAUUCAUCCAAAAGCGAUGGCUCCGACCAGGAGGACGGCAUUGCCGAUAGCAAGCUGCAGCGUCAGGUGGAGGAUGAUGAGUUGGGCGACGGCCUAAAAGUCACACUCUCCUCGGAUGGCUCACUCGAUACAAACGACUCGUUCAACUCGCACAGGCAUCAUCCAUUGAAUCACCAGGAUGCCAUUGGUGGCUUCAUUGGCAUCAACGGGCUGGCCUCAGUUGCUGCUGUCGCGGGGCCAGCUGUUGGCCCAGUAACCAGCACGGAGCAGCUGUUGACACCCAGCGCUGCGGCAACGCGACGUCGCCGCAAGUUGCCGGAGAUACCCAAGAAUAAGAAAUCUUCCAUUUUGCAUAUUUUAGGUGGCUCCAAUGCCUGCACCCUAGCGGAUGAGUUUCGCAUGGGAGCAGCAGCUACAGCUACAGCUGGAUCGGCAGCUGGAGUGGGAGUUGGGGCGGCUGGCUCCUUGGUGGCGCCGCGUACAAAUCAGCAGCGCUCGUUUCUAACGCUCAAAUGCGGCUAUCUGCUGGACGAGGACUCCAGCCCGGACUCGGAGCGUUUGCAGAGCCUGGGCGAUGUGGACAGCGGUCAUAGUACGGCGCAUUCGCCCAACGAUUUCAAGAGCAUGUCGCCGCAGAUCACGUCGCCGGUGUCGCAGUCCCCAUUUCCGCCGGUCUUUGGCGGCGUGCCCUUCGGCCAGCUGGAGAUGCUGGAGGCGACACACCGUGGCCUGCACAAGUUUGUGCCGCGACACCAUGACGAGAUCGAGCUGGAGAUCGGCGAUGCCAUCUAUGUGCAAAAGGAGGCCGAGGACUUGUGGUGCGAGGGCGUCAAUUUGCGGACCGGCCGCCAGGGCAUCUUUCCCUCGGCCUAUGCCGUCGAUUUGGAUUACAACGAGUUCGAUCCGACCGUGCAGCUGGUCAAGAAGGAGCGCUACCUGCUCGGCUACCUCGGCUCCGUCGAGACACUCGCCCACAAGGGCACCGGCGUCGUCUGCCAGGCGGUCCGCAAAAUCGUCGGCGAAUACGGCAACUCGCCCACGGGACAAACGUGCAUUCUGGAGGUAUCCGAUCAGGGUCUACGCAUGGUCGAUCGCUCGGCCCCAAACAACAAAAAGGAGAAGAAGCCCUGCAUCGAUUACUUCUACUCGCUGAAGAACGUGUCAUUCUGCGCCUUUCAUCCACGCGAUCAUCGCUUCAUUGGCUUCAUCACAAAGCAUCCGACAGUGCAGCGAUUCGCCUGUCACGUCUUCAAGGGCAACGAGUCCACCAGGCCCGUGGCCGAGGCUGUUGGUCGCGCCUUUCAGCGUUUCUAUCAGAAGUUUAUCGAGACGGCUUAUCCCAUCGAGGACAUCUACAUUGAGUAGAGAGCGCGAUCGCGAUCGCGAUGCUUUAAAGGAAAAACAAACAAAAACAAUACUUCAAAAAAAAUACCAUAUAUAGUCUAUAUUUUUUGUGUGAUUAUUAAUAUAAAUCAACAAAAUUGUUUGGUCUUC